GUUAACCUAAUUAUUCAUUCUGUACAAAGUAAAUAAACAAAACAAACAGUGGUAAUACAUUCUUGAAAUAAUUCAAUAUUCAAUUGAAACAAAACAUUGAUCAGUUAAACAAAUAAACUUCCAUUAUUAUCAUCAUCAUCAUCAUGACACACUGACAAUGAUCCUUUUCUAAUUAUUCAUUAUUGAAUAUAAUGAUCUCGAAACAAAAAUAUAAAAGUAUGGAUCAAUUAAAUAUCUUUUCAUUGAUCUUAUUAUUAGUAUUACUGAUUAAGAAUAUUCAACAAAUAAAUUCACAAAAUAUUAAUGAAAAUAAUAAUAAAAUUAAUGGAAACAAUCAAAAUAUAAAUAAAAUAAUUGAAUAUAAAAAGAAUGAAGAGAAAUAUAAAGAUACUAUCGAUUUGUUACAACUUGUUGAAAUUGAUAAAUUGGAUAGUUAUGAAAUUACACGUCAAUAUGGAUUUUGUCCUUCAUCAUUCAUAGAAAAUCCAAAUACUGCUUAUUCAUAUCAUCGAGGAGAUAAAUUAAAGUUACCAUCAGAGAAAGCAUUCCCAACUAUAUUUCCUCAGGACUUUUCUAUUCUUGCUACUGUACGAUUGAAGCAUGAACAAAUUCAAAAGAUAUUUGAUGUCACAGAUGAAAAAGGACAAAGUCAAUUAGCUAUGUCAGUUGGAAAUAAUAUUGUUUUGCAUUAUCAUUUAUCUGAAGAUUCACCAUCCACAGUGGAAUUUUUAAAUGUCAAACUGAAUGAUCUAAGAUGGCAUAGAAUUGCAUUGAGUAUUAAAGGUGAUUCAGUCACAUUAAUUAUUGACUGUAAAGUUAUUACAUCAAAAUUGUUGAAUCGUACAUUAACUGAAAAUCUGAAAUUUAAUAAAGGAAUGCUAUAUGUUCUACAAGAUAAAGCAGGAUCAGUCAGUUUUUCUGGUGCAAUCGAACAAUUAUUGAUUAUUCCAACACCAAGUGGAGCAUACGAUCAAUGUACUAUUUAUUCUCCAUGUAAUGAAUCAGAUAAAACUGGUGAUGAGAUGCAACUUCAAGAACCAUACAUCUAUGAACAGACUAGAAAUUACGGUCAGCCAGGUGAGAAAGGUGAAGUUGGUCCAAAAGGUGAAAAAGGUCAACCUGGACGGGAUGGUCGUAAUGGAAUCCCUGGAGCUCCUGGUUUGCCGGGUGUACCGAGUCAUAUAUUAAUGAUGCCGUUACCAAGUUUUGGAAAGAAUGAAUUAAGUCGUAUGGCCAGUUUUAGAACAACAGUACAACAAGCUGUCAUGAUGCUAAAAGGAAGUCGAGGUCAGCAAGGUAUGACUGGUCUCCCAGGAAUACAAGGUCCACCUGGACCAAGAGGUCCGAAAGGAGAUCAAGGUCUUUUUGGAGAACCUGGUUUUAUAGGUCCAACAGGUUUAAGAGGUCCUCCAGGUCCUGUAGGCCCUCGUGGUAGACCAGGUGUUGACGGUGAAAUAGGAGCAAGCGGGUUAGCAGGUCCAAAAGGAUUACCUGGUCUUCCUGGAUUGCCAGGUUUACCUGGUCAUAGAGGUCAUAAAGGAGAAAUUGGACCAAAUGGUAUUAAGGGAGAUGUUGGACUAAGAGGUACUCCUGGCCCUUACGGACGAGACGGUGAAGUAGGUCCUCCUGGAGAACCUGGCGCAGUUGGACUUCAGGGCCCUAUGGGACCAGUUGGACCAGCUGGAUUACGAGGAUUACCUGGAAGGAUUGGACCAAAUGGACUCAAAGGUGAAUUUGGAGACUCAGGUGAGAUGGGCCCACCUGGCCCACAAGGUCCUGUUGGUCCACCAGGGGUACCCGGACCCCAAGGUAUACGUGGACUAACUGGAAAGCCCGGAGCAAGAGGGCCACCUGGUGUGACUGGACUACCAGGUAGCCCUGGAAUGACUGGAAAUCCUGGACCACAGGGAAAUGCAGGUCCUAAAGGAGAACCAGGAUUAACUGGAGAACCUGGGGAUACUGGUCCCGUUGGAGCCUCAGGCUAUAAAGGUGACCGUGGACCUCGUGGUUUACCUGGAGCUAAAGGAACUCAAGGAGCAGCUGGUUUAACUGGUGUUCGUGGAGAUAGAGGAGAAAAAGGUUCAAAAGGUGAACGUGGUCUUCCUGGACCACGAGGUAGUGAAGGUCCUGUUGGAUUAAAAGGUGAACCUGGUAUAGUAGGUGAACUUGGUCCUCGUGGAUUAGAAGGUCAGAAAGGAAACGAAGGUCCUAAAGGCUCCGUUGGGCCAGCAGGUGGUAUUGGAAGUCCGGGUGAAAAAGGCGACCCAGGUCAUGUGGGACCAUUAGGUUUGAGUGGACCUGUUGGACCACGUGGAGCACCUGGUCCGCGUGGGGCGCCGGGACAGUCAGGACCAGUCGGAUUCAAAGGUGAAGAAGGACCAACAGGACCAACUGGUCCUCCUGGAGCUGCUGGACCUCAAGGUCCAAGGGGUUCCCCCGGAUUCGUAGGAGUUCCGGGUCCUCCGGGUUUACCCGGUCGACCAGGACCAGUCGGACUUUUAGGAGAUCGAGGUGAACCUGGUGAACCGGGAAUACCUGGUGAAAUCGGGCCAAUAGGUAUGGUUGGUGUGCCUGGUCAAAUUGGAGAGCAGGGGGCACCAGGUGAACGUGGUCCUCCAGGACCACGUGGACCUCAAGGGGUUGCAGGUAAACCUGGGGUAGAGGGGAUUGAAGGAGUACAGGGUGAAAAGGGAACCAAGGGUGCUGCUGGUCCACCUGGGCCGAGCGGCCCAGUUGGAUUACGAGGAACACGUGGACCACCAGGUCCGUCGGGCGACCCUGGGUCGAAGGGAGAUGAAGGUCGCAUCGGCCCUCAAGGAAGCCUCGGUGACAAGGGUGACAGGGGUCCACCUGGACCACACGGACCACCUGGUCCCAUAGGACCAGUUGGACCACAGGGAUUGCCAGGAAGUCAAGGUGAACCUGGUGACAAGGGUGCACGUGGUCCUCCCGGCCCAAUCGGUGAAACAGGCGAAAAAGGUGUGCAGGGAUUAAUUGGCAAGCCAGGCUUACGGGGACCGACAGGAGCCGAUGGGGAGCAAGGUGACCAAGGGAGUCCAGGACCACAAGGUACCAAGGGAGACAGAGGAGAAGCGGGUGAACAAGGUUCUGCUGGACAACAAGGAGCAGCUGGAUCUCCAGGUCCUCAGGGUAUGGUUGGGGAACCAGGAGAGAUCGGAAUAGCUGGAGUUGCAGGGAUAAAAGGUGUAGAAGGCAAAGUUGGACCACCAGGGGCACCUGGACCUGCUGGUGUACAGGGCUCACCUGGUCGAAGUGGUCCACGUGGGGAACCAGGUAUUAAAGGAGUGAUCGGCGCAGAAGGGCCACCCGGACUUCCUGGACCUGUUGGUUUGGCUGGAGCUCCAGGAAAAAUGGGAAUACCUGGCGUACCUGGUCCUCCAGGAUCACCUGGAUUAAAAGGAGAACAAGGAAAGCCAGGUGCACGUGGUGAACAGGGGGCUCAAGGUACUACUGGACCACCUGGACCAAAAGGGAUGAAAGGGAUGCUCGGGAGACCUGGACGACAAGGUCAGCCUGGAUCUGCGGGACCACCAGGAAUAGUUGGAGAGCCAGGUGUUCAGGGUGCACAAGGGCCAAUGGGCCCAAUCGGUGCUCCAGGAUUGCCAGGCGAGCCUGGUGCAGCAGGUCCACCUGGAAAAGAUGGAGUCAGAGGAGCUGUCGGUUUAGAAGGACUAUUUGGUGAUGAUGGCCCUCCAGGACCACCUGGACCUGUGGGCGUCCCUGGUGUUCAGGGUCCUCCUGGAACAGCUGGUGAGACUGGUCCUACCGGAGACCCGGGAGAUCGAGGUGCUGCUGGAUCAGUGGGAUUGCCUGGUGAACGUGGACCUCCUGGAAUAAUGGGAGCUGAAGGACAAGUCGGUCCUCAAGGGCCAGAAGGAGAGCAGGGUCUUCAAGGGCCACCAGGAGAAACUGGACCGAAAGGGAACACAGGUAAAACGGGUUCGCCAGGUCCAAAUGGUCCAAAGGGAGAGUCUGGCCCGAAAGGAGUAAGUGGUAAUCCUGGAACAGUUGGACCGCCGGGACCUAAAGGAGAACAAGGUAGUAUAGGAGACCCUGGACCGACUGGAAAACAGGGUGAAAUGGGUGAUCAUGGAGAUCAGGGACCACCUGGUCCUCGAGGGCCUAAUGGUGAUGAAGGAGAAUCUGGGCCUCCAGGACCGACAGGCCCUCCUGGUCCACCUGGUCUACAAGGUCCUCGAGGAGAACAAGGUCAUCAAGGUGAUCCUGGACCAAUGGGUAAACAAGGUCCACAAGGUCAGGUGAAAAUAACAAAUAAUGGAGAAAAUCUACGAAUGAGAUAUAAGAGAUCAGCUGCAAUACAAUCUGAAGAAACACUUGAACAAAUUAAUCAAAAUAUAUUUGGACGUGUAGAUGCAUUGAAUAAGAAAGUACGUUCAAGACGUUAUGCAACUGGUUUAAGUCCACAAAAUCCAGCACGAACAUGUAAAGAUGUCAGAUUGACAAAUAAAUUUGCUCAGAAUGAUACUUAUUGGAUCGAUCCAAAUGAAGGGUCGAAUAAAGAUGCAAUUAGAGCGAAGUGUACAUUUUUUGAUGAUGGCACUGUUGAGACAUGUGUUGAUUCAAGUAUGGAUCAAGGAAUACUAGUUACAUAUCUGAAACCAUUACCAAGUGAUAGUGAGUGGCAAAGUCAACUUCGAGUGAUGAAUUCUACAACACCAUUAGAUUUACAUAAUUAUGGAAGUCAUUCACAAGUUAAUAUGUUACGUAUUCAACAUAGAUAUGCAUCACAGGAACUCGAAUUUUUAUGUGAUGGUACAGAAAUCUAUGGUUCAUGGAAUUCACGUACAAGUCAAUCAGAUUUUAAUAAAGCAACAGCUCUUCUAGCACAUAAUGAACGUAUGCUUGAUUUAACUUCAGGUGAAAGAUUAGGACCAGGAAAAUAUCAUAUGGAUAAGCGUAAUUAUCGAAAUAACUUAGAUCGUGUUGAUACAAGUAUUAUUGUAGAAUAUGAUGGAUGUCAGUACUUGACAAAAGGUGCAGCUACUAAGUUAUUGAUUGAAACAAGAGAUUUAGAAGUAUUGCCAAUUAUUGAUUUUAAAGUACGGAACUUCGAUAAACAAGGAACAUGUUCAUUAAGUGUAAAUGUCGGUGCUGUAUGCUAUCGUACAUAG